AUGGCUUUGGUUUGGCUGAUACUCGCCGCCUGUUUUCUCGCCGCGCUGCUGGCUCUGCGGUUGCCGCAGCUUAAACCUCCACCUGGGUCGGCCUCACUUAGCCUUGCGGGGAUCUUCCAAGAUCUGAUUCGCUACGGGAAGACCAAGACCGGCUGUGGGCAGCGCUCUGUCCGGCUGCAGAUCUUCGACGUGCCCAAGAGGUGGUUCACUCACUUCUAUGUUGUGUCUGUGACCUGGAACGGCUUCCUGCUACUGUUGCUUAUCCUAAGCCUACCUGCAUCAUGGUCCUUUCCUAUUUGGCUUCAGGACUUGCUCAGUGUUCUUAAUGGAAUAUUGUACGACCUCAAGGACAGUUCUGCGAAUGGUGGCGAGUGUUCAUCUGCUUUCCUGGUAUGCCUUUUGGUCUGGUUAAACAGCUGUAGACGGUUAAGAGAGUGUCUUCACAUCAGCGUAUUCUCCAGCGGUGUCCUGCAUCUUGUACAGUACUGCUUUGGGCUCUGCUACUAUGUUCUGGUGGGCUUAACAGUGAUAAGUCAAGUGCCAGCCAAUGUCAGGGAAGGGAAAGCUUACCAGCUCACAGUGUGCUGGUACCAUGUCUUAGGACUCCUGAUGUUCAUUUGGGCCUCUCUCCACCAACACAGAUGUCAUGUGAUUCUAGCUAACCUUAGAAAAAAUAAAUCAGGAAAUGUGGUUCACUUGAACCACAGCAUUCCCUUUGGCGACUGGUUUGAAAUGGUGUCUGGCCCGCAUUACUUGGCUGAGCUCCUGAUAUACAUCUCUAUGGCCGUCACGUUUGGAUUGAACAAUUUCACCUGGUGGCUGGUUGUGGCCUAUGUUGUCUUUAGUCAGGCUCUGUCUGCUGUCUUGAGCCAUGAAUAUUACCUGAGAAACUUUAAGGACUAUCCAAAGUGUCGGAAAGCGUACAUACCCUUUCUUCUUUAGGCUGUUAAUUUUAAAUAGCUUGGGAAUCCCAUUGAGAAGGGAAAUAGAAAUUGGAGGUCCGCAGGGAUCAUGGUUGUUUUCAACAGAGGAUUUGACUGAAAUUUAUUGUUAACCGGCCAGAGAGCUUUGGCUUUUGGGCAGUAUAGAAAUGUAAUGAAUAAAAAUUGAAUUGGUGCAGAUCAUCAGCUUGGGUUUGGUGUCCGGGUUGAAGCAGACAGCUUCCAAAUCGGUACGAGGAGGAUUUUUCGAAGCACCUAGUCAGGAGCUGAGUUGAAUCUAAUCUAACAUCUGUUCUGAGGCAAGUCCUAUUGAGUUCAAUGUGUUUUACUCUCAGAUAAGUAUAUAGGAUUGCAGCUAUAUACCAUGGGUACAGAACUGCUUUGGGAUGGGGGUGCUGAAAAACACUCCACCCUGCCCAUCGCAGUAGGCUGGAUGACAUCAGGAGGUGUGACCCCUUCUCCUGAUAGCCACCCCCUUUUUUCCUUCAUUCUGGAAAAAGACAAGGAGAAAGACACCUAGGCCUGUGAAGAACAGGACCCUGUUAUUUCCAGUCUCCCUAAAAGAAUUUCAUCAGCUCAGGGUUAGCUAACAAAAUACACAGACAGCACCUGGUCGUAUGUUAUCUCAAACCCUUGGAGCCAGGCCUGAGACUCAAGGCUGCGGCUAACUGGGGGAAAACUGAUUUCAGUUGGUUCAGUGGGAAAGCAAGACCUGCCAGGGAGGGGGCUAGGAGGAGAAGCUCGCCUCAUGAUUAGCAGAGACCCAUCAGCCAAGCCAGCCAGGGCUUGGGGAUAAGAAGAAGGGCUUUGAAAAUGGCGUUGUCUCCCAGGUGGCCUUACUGCAUGAGGUGGGGCUGCUAGGGCUAACUGACUGGAGGGGAGGCCCUAUACGUGGUAAAAUAUAGAUCAGGGCAGGUUUUGUUAUUUUGCUAGGGUGUAAUUGGUGAAGGCGCUCUGUUUUAUUGAAUUUUACUGCAUUGCUGCUCUUAUUCCUUUUAUCCUUUUUUUAAACCCCAUUUUAUUUAUUUUACCUUCCCUA